AACGUCGGUACAAUAACUGUUCAUCGGGAGCUUCAUGAAAUGGGUUUCCAUGAGAUGUUCGACCAGUUGUCGACAUACUUUUGGUCAUGUCGUUUUUGUACCACACUGGAGCCAGAAAUCAUCAAGGCUAUAUUCUCCUAUGCCAAGAAAGGGCAAUUCCAUGGCAAGUUUGUUUCGGUUAUGCUCCGAAAAGCUAUUUUCUUUUGUGACUUCAGGAGGAAAUAAUACAACCGUUUGUUUGAGAGGGUCCAUCACCCACAGCAUUUCACCCACCGGCCACACGGUGUCUGCAUUGGUCCAACAGGAAUUUUGCUAACUAUCACAAUACCCCGGUUCUGUUUCUCUAUGUAGCUAACCGGCAACAUCAGCGAUACUUCAUACCUCAAGUGGCUAGUGCGCGGAACACCAUUAACGUUGACAGUUGCACUGUAUGACAAGCUGUCUGCUCUCCUGAGGUAGACCACUGAUGGAGCAGUGGCCAAUAGGCUCUGGGGACAGUCUACGUAAUGUUUCCGUGUGUUUCCUCCUGGCCCUCUGCUGAGGCCCCGUCGCCCUGUGGCCAUGCCCCCCUGCCCACACACACUCACACACAGCCCCUGCUGUGCAGCGGCCUUGCCCCAACGAUGAACCCUCACCCCCACCCUGUCCCAGACUACAUGGAGUCCCUCAUCGUGGUGACCGAGUACGAGCCCAAGGGGGGUGAGGAGGUGGAGGACAUGGACAGCUCCGAGACCCCUGAGCCUGGCGCACCCCUCUUCAGAACCCCCUCCUGCGACCAGCUGUCCCACGCUGUGGGCCGCCCCGUGGCCCUGUUCCCCAAGCCCCAGGAGCACCGGGGAAGACUAAACCUGUCGGACAGGAAGCUGUCCCUGCAGGAGCGCUCCCAGACGGCCUCGUCUCCCUGCGGCUCCCCAGGGCUCAACGGCCGCUUCAUCUACCCCUCGCUUCCCUACUCGCCCAUCACCUCGCCCCACUCCUCCCCCCGGCUGCCCCGUAGACCCACCGUGGAGUCUCACCGCGUCUCCAUCACUGACCUGCAGGACUGCGUGCAGCUCAACCAGUACAAGCUCAAAGAUGAAAUCGGAAAGGGCUCAUAUGGUGUUGUCAAGCUGGCCUACAAUGAAGAUGACAACACCUACUAUGCAAUGAAAGUGCUGUCCAAGAAGAGGCUGAUGAGGCAGGCAGGUUUCCCACGGAGACCGCCACCCCGCGGCGCCAAAGCAGCCCCUGAAGGCCUCCCUCAGCCCAAAGGACCCCUGGAACGGGUCUACCAGGAGAUUGCCAUCCUGAAAAAGCUGGACCAUCCCAAUGUAGUGAAACUGGUAGAGGUUCUGGAUGACCCUGGUGAGGACCAUCUGUACAUGGUGUUUGAGCUGGUCAAACAGGGGGCUGUGAUGGAGGAGAUGCCCACGGACAAGCCGCUGAAUGAAGACCAGGCACGGUUCUACUUCCAAGACCUGCUCAGGGGGAUUGAGUUCUUGCAUUACCAGAGGAUCAUCCACCGGGACAUCAAGCCCUCGAACCUCCUAGUUGGGGAGGACGGUCAUAUUAAGAUUGCUGACUUUGGGGUCAGUAACCAGUUUGAGGGUGCAGACGCCCUUCUGACCAGCACGGUGGGCACGCCCGCCUUCCUUGCCCCAGAGACCCUCUCCGAGACCAGGAAGAACUUCUCUGGCAAGGCAUUGGAUAUUUGGGCCAUGGGAGUGACGCUCUAUUGUUUCGUGUUUGGAGUGUGUCCCUUUAUGGAUGAACGCAUCCUUAGUCUUCAUCAGAAGAUCAAGACCCAGCCAGUGGAGCUGCCAGAGCAUGCAGACAUAUCUGACGAUCUGAAAGAUCUGCUACUGAAGAUGCUGGACAAGAAUCCAGAGAGCAGGAUAUCAAUACCACAGAUUAAGGUGCACCCGUGGGUGACGAGGCACGGAGCUGAACCCCUCCCUCUGGAGGAUGAUAACUGCUGCAUGCUGAUUGAGGUGACCGAGGAGGAGGUGGAGAACUCUGUCAAACACAUCCCCAGUCUGGCCACUGUGAUCCUGGUGAGGACCAUGCUGAGGAAGCGCUCCUUUGGGAACCCCUUUGACUGGGGCCGUCAGAGGACCGAGGACAGAGGCACCAGUCUGUCUGCACCGGGACACAUGCUGACCAAAGGGAGAGCGGCCAAUGUGAGAUACUGCUACAUUCAUAGUAACCAAAGAAGGAAACAAGAGAGCAUGGAGGGCAUGAGAAGUAUGGACCUGCCCUUCGUGGGAGAGGAUGAGGCUCUUUCCUGAUGCUGUGUGGUUUUUAAGCGCGAGGGUUGGGGCAUGCUAGCGACUCGACUUGCAGUCCGCCCUCAAGCCCACGCUUCACCCACUGCUUUAUGCUGUGGCGGCCACCAAUGUUUUUGGUGGCCGCCUGUUGGACUGUUGGAAGAGCUCCAGGACUUGUAUAGAGACGUGACUGGAGCCUGGACACCCUUCUGGGGGAAGCUCCCUCAUUGUCACUCACUAACCCCUUGUCUGUAAUGCAUGCUCAUGUUUCUAGGCAUAGCAUGCUCUGUCUCAGGCCUCUGAUGUACAGGUCUGUUAGCCUAGGUACCUGUGUUUCUCCACACUCUCCACCAUUUGAAAAGGCUCUCACAUUUACUGCAGGGGUAUGGGGGCAGGAGGGAGGGAGGGGGUGUUUGUGGAUGGUUGUACAUUUCAAAGGGUGACUCCUGGCCCCCACAUUUCAGCAGAGCAGAGUACUUGACUAUUUAUGGUUGUCUGUUCCACUCAUCAAUGUGGACAGUUUAG